AUGUUAGAGUCACUCGAAAAGUGGUGUAUUUUGGUGAGAUCGGGUCGUGGGUGUGGUGUGUGGGAUGGUAAUGGUGGAGAUUUGGCAGCUAGGUUUGAUGGAGAGGAAGUUUAUGGCUUUAGGUUUCAUUUGGUGGAGGGAACUGUUUUCAAGCUUCUUUUGGUUUUUGUUUGUUGCUUCCUUGAUUUUAUUGAGUUUGGUGAAGCAGAUUCCUUUUCCUUCUUGGAUAGGAAGGGGGAUGUAUGGCUGUGUAUUGCUCCAACCUAUAUGUUCCUGAUUGAUUGCAUGUUCUUGUGUUGUGAAACAGGAGAUGCUUUGCAUAGUCUGAGGACUAAUUUACAGGAUCCUAACAAUGUUUUGCAAAGUUGGGAUCCAACACUAGUCAAUCCAUGUACAUGGUUUCAUGUAACAUGCAACAAUGAUAACAGUGUUAUAAGAGUUGAUCUGGGGAAUGCUGCUUUGUCUGGUCAACUUGUUCCGCAGCUUGGUCAGCUCAAGAAUUUGCAGUAUCUGGAACUUUACAGCAAUAACAUUACUGGCCCUAUCCCAAGUGACCUAGGGAAUCUUACUAACUUGGUGAGCUUGGAUCUGUACCUGAACCGAUUCACUGGCCCAAUCCCAGAUUCAUUGGGCAAGUUGUCGAAAUUGCGUUUCCUCCGGCUUAACAACAACAGCUUAUCAGGUCCUAUUCCCAUGUCGCUGACUAAUAUUACUGCUCUCCAAGUUCUGGAUUUAUCUAAUAAUCAUCUGUCAGGAGUGGUUCCCGAUAAUGGCUCCUUCUCAUUAUUCACUCCUAUCAGUUUUGCAAACAACUUGGAUCUAUGUGGACCCGUCACUGGGCACCCAUGUCCUGGCUCUCCUCCAUUUUCUCCUCCUCCUCCUUUUGUCCCUCCACCUCCAAUUUCUGCCCCGGGAGGUAAUAGUGCCACUGGAGCAAUAGCUGGAGGAGUUGCUGCUGGUGCUGCUCUAUUAUUUGCUGCACCUGCAAUUGCAUUUGCAUGGUGGCGUAGAAGGAAACCACAAGAGUUUUUCUUUGAUGUUCCUGCUGAAGAGGAUCCUGAAGUUCAUCUCGGACAGCUUAAAAGGUUUUCUCUACGAGAACUGCAAGUUGCAACAGAUACUUUUAGCAAUAAGAACAUUCUUGGGAGGGGAGGAUUUGGUAAGGUGUACAAAGGACGGUUGGCAGAUGGUUCAUUGGUGGCUGUGAAACGGUUGAAAGAGGAACGCACACCUGGUGGGGAGCUUCAGUUUCAGACUGAAGUAGAGAUGAUUAGCAUGGCUGUGCAUAGAAAUCUCCUCCGACUACGAGGGUUUUGUAUGACACCAACAGAAAGGUUACUUGUUUAUCCCUACAUGGCUAACGGAAGUGUGGCCUCAUGCUUAAGAGAGCGUCCUCCACAUCAAGAACCCCUGGAUUGGCCAACUAGGAAAAGAAUAGCUUUGGGAUCUGCGAGGGGUCUUUCAUAUUUGCAUGAUCAUUGUGACCCAAAGAUUAUUCAUCGUGAUGUGAAAGCUGCUAACAUAUUGCUGGAUGAAGAGUUUGAGGCUGUUGUUGGGGACUUUGGAUUGGCCAAACUCAUGGAUUACAAGGACACCCAUGUGACAACUGCUGUACGGGGCACUAUUGGGCACAUAGCUCCCGAGUACCUAUCCACUGGUAAAUCAUCAGAGAAAACCGAUGUUUUUGGUUAUGGUAUCAUGCUUCUGGAGCUAAUCACUGGACAGAGAGCUUUUGACCUCGCCCGGCUUGCAAAUGAUGAUGAUGUUAUGCUGCUUGAUUGGGUAAAAGGUCUUCUGAAGGAGAAAAAGCUUGAAAUGUUGGUUGAUCCUGAUCUACAAAACAAUUACAUAGAAGCUGAGGUAGAACAGUUAAUCCAGGUUGCACUGCUUUGCACACAAGGUUCCCCUAUGGACAGACCUAAGAUGUCGGAAGUGGUGAGAAUGCUUGAAGGUGAUGGCUUGGCAGAAAGAUGGGAUGAGUGGCAAAAGGUGGAAGUUCUCCGGCAGGAGGUGGAGCUGGCCCCUCAUCCCAAUUCUGACUGGAUCGUUGACUCGACCGAAAAUCUGCAUGCAGUCGAGUUAUCUGGUCCAAGGUGA